AUGGCUGGUUUGUUGAAGAAGACAACAGGUUUGACAGGAUUGGCUGUAGCUAAGGACCCCCACAAAUCUUUAGUCAUUUUGUAUGAUAAACUGCUGGCUGUCUUGCAAAAGAUGCCUGCAUCUGCUGGGUAUAGACAAAAAACUCAGAUUAUAAUUCAGGAUCGUUUAGCAGCAGUGCACUCAGAACCAAAUAUUGCAAAACUAGAGGCUAAAAUCAAUGGAGGAAUGGCUGAAGAGCUGAUUGUUCAGGCAGAAAAAGAGUUGACACUGGCUAGGAAAAUGUUGGAGUGGAAGCCAUGGGAGGGACCUGUCAAAGAACCCCCACAUAAUCAAUGGAAAUGGCCAAUUUAA